AUGGUGAACUCGCUGCUGUUCGGGGAGAUGGCCUUGGCCUUCGGCUGCCCGCCGGGCGGCGGCGGGGGCUGCCCCGGCGGAGGCGGUGGCGGCGGCGGGGCCGGGCCGGGUCCGUCGCCGGUGACGGCGGCGCUGCGGGACGACCUGGGCUCCAACAUCCACCUCCUGAAGGGGCUCAACGUGCGCUUCCGCUGCUUCCUGGCCAAGGUGCACGAGCUGGAGCGGCGCAACCGGCUGCUGGAGAAGCAGCUGGAGCAGCAGCAGAGCGAGCGCGAGCGGCGGCUGCGCUACAAGACCUUCUCCCGCGAGCAGGCCGUGCAGACCGGGCCUGAGCUUCUGCGGCCGCCCGCGCCCGGCACCGGGCACUGCAGCGGCGGCGGCGCGGCGGCCGGCGUGAACGCCAACGCCGUGGCCCUGGGCGGCCUGCCCCCCGGCGGCGGCCCGCACCUGCAGCACUACGGCCGCCUGCCCGGGACCAUCUGGAGCUACACGCAGGUGCGGCGCACCGGCGGCGGCGGCGUGGAGACCGUGCAGGGCCCCGGCGUGUCGUGGGUGCACCCCGACGGCGUGGGCGUUCAGAUCGACACCAUCACGCCCGAGAUCCGCGCGCUCUACAACGUGCUGGCCAAGGUGAAGCGCGAGCGCGACGAGUACAAGCGGAGAUGGGAGGAGGAGCUCGCCAAGCGCAUGAACCUUCAGACCAUGGUGGAAACGCUGCAAGAGGCGGCGCAGGAGGCUGACGCCAUCCAGGAGGAAAUGAACGAGAAGAUCGAGCGGCUUAAGGCCGAGCUGGUGGUGUUUAAGGGGCUCAUGAGUGACCCCAUGACAGACCUGGACACAAAGAUCCAAGAAAAGGCCAUGAAGGUGGACAUGGACAUCUGCCGCCGAAUCGAUAUCACAGCCAAGCUGUGCGAUGUCGCACAGCAGCGGAACUCGGAAGACGUGUCCAAGAUCUUCCAGGUGGUCCCCAAAAAGAAAGAGCGCAAGGUGGCUUCAGAUGAUGACAUCUCCGAGCAGGACGGAGAGGUGAACCGGUUCUCGGAUGACGAGGUUGGCUCCAUGAACAUCACGGACGAGAUGAAACGCAUGUUCAACCAGCUGCGGGAGACCUUUGACUUUGACGACGACUGUGACAGCCUGACGUGGGAAGAGAAUGAGGACACACUGCUGCUCUGGGAGGAUUUCACCAACUGCAACCCAACCAUCGACCUGCAGGGCGAGCAAGAGGAAAACUUGGGCAACUUGAUCCAUGAGACCGAAUCCUUCUUCAAGACGAGAGACAAGGAGUACCAGGAAACGAUAGGUCAGAUCGAGCUGGAGCUGGCCACAGCCAAGAGCGACAUGAACCGACACCUGCACGAGUACAUGGAGAUGUGCAGCAUGAAGCGCGGCCUGGACGUGCAGAUGGAGACCUGCCGCCGGCUCAUCAAAGGCUCCGCAGACAGGAACUCACCGUCCCCCAGCUCCGUGGCCAGCAGCGACUCAGGAAGCACAGACGAGAUCCAGGACGAGUUCGAGCGGGAGGCAGACGUGGAGCCCAUGGUCAGCUGAUGACCGAGGCCCCGCGCCUGGUGGUCUUGGUGGUGGGGCCCCUGCCCCUCUCCCCACGGGCCAGGAAGGCUCCUCGGAGCGGGGCUCAAGUCCUCCCCACACAGACUUCCCACGCCCUCCCUUCUCUGGAGGCCCCGAGGGACCGCUGCUUCCUUCCUCCCUUCCACCCCCACCACCGACUGACCGUCUCCAUCCACCCACCCACCCAAGGAAUGGUGCUGUCAAUUUCUAUUGUUCUCCACAUCACAAAUGCAGACUUCUGUCCGGACGAUGCAGUGUUAACGGUGCCUUCUCCCUUAAGCUGAGCCACUUUGAGCUCCAAAGAAUUAUUCCUAGCAGGUGUUUUUAUACAAAACUCUUAAGGUGAGGGCCGGGGCCAGGCGAGGUGUAAUGCGAUUUUCUACCCUCCCACCUGCUCCUCUGAUUGGCGGAGAGCUGUGCCCUCCCUUCCUCCAUCGGCCGACCUGUGACCUUCAGCUCGGGGUGGUCACCUCCCCCUGGGAAGGGGCUGUUUGCCUCUGUGACCUUUCCAGGCCUGGGUGGGGGUGUCCCAGAUUUUCUCAGUCUCUGAAAGAGAGAAGGGUGGAAGGAAGGGGGGGAGGACAAAUUUUUAUUUUCUUUUUGGAUCGAGUGGCAACAUGGGGGAGAAGGCACUGUGAGGGGCAAGGUGGAGCCUCACUGUGUUUUAACUACUAUGCAAAAAACAAAACAAAAAAAAAAGCAGCUUGCCUUAUACUAUUGUGGAAGGCGGGCCCUCCCCAGGCUCCUGGCUUCCCCCCAGGGCUGGGAGGGGGCCCAGGUUAGGGUGGUCUCUCUCGCAGCUCCGAGGGUGGGCACUGACCGGCAGCCUGACUGCUUGUUCUCCUUGGGGUCUCUGUGGGUUUGGGGUGGGCGUGGGGGUCUUUUGUUGCUCUGAUGACUCAAUGUUCUUCCCUCCAGCCAGCAGUACGGGGGUUCUAGAUCUGUAAUUUCUCUGUGAGAAAGUCUGAAGGGGCCAGGCCUGGUCUUUGCUCCCUUCCCCUGGCCUUGGGCCGGGGCCGGCCGGGUUCUCCACUGCCCCACUGUCCGGCCCCUGGCGGGAGUGAGGCAUCGGCAAGGGGAGGGGACAGUCACAAGCCUCUCUGCAUAACCCACUCGACUGACCAGUUGGGGAGUUAAUCUGAGCCAGUAUCUCCCCAGGGCUUGAGUGGGCCCGAGUUGCAGGGCGCUGUGUGGAGACCACCCACCAAAUCUCAGCUUGGAGCCAGCUGAGCAGGCUUUGCUUUCUUAUUAUUUUUUAGAUGUUUUGUGCCCACUGCAGUGGGGCUGAUGGCUGAGUAUCGUUUUUUUGUUGUUGCUGUUGGCCCAGGAGCUCCCUCUGGUGGUCACAGGAGCAAAAUGUGCCCAAGGACCAGAACUCGCUACCCACUGCCUCUUCCCCAGGCAGAGGAAGGGGCCCUGGGUUUGGGUGGGGUCGUGGUCUCCCCAGGGUACCACGGACCUUUAAGGGCCUUCUCUCUCUUCCGUUCCGCCCCCCUGUUUUACGGUCUUAAAAAUACUGUACAUAGUACUCAUAUAUAUGUAUAGUGAGAGAAAGUGAGAAUGUGUUAGUGACUGUGCGUGAUGUAAUUUAUCAGAAUUUGGUGGCCUUCAUCAUGAGUUUUUUCCUUUGUUUUGUUUUGUUGGGGGAACAUCCCAGUUGGUCCCCUGUGGCAGCCUGGCUGCGGAGGCUUCCAUGGUCAGCGUCCCUUGUUAGCCAAACAGUCCCUUUUGGCAGAGGCACUCGGAGGGACAAUGGUUUUGGAAGAGAGACAGCUCCUUUUUCUCCUCCUCACUGACCCUUGUUCUAAAGGUUACAGGGUUCAAACGUACCUGAUUUUUAUUGUUAUUGUUGUUUUAUUAUUUUUAUUUGAACCAAAGGUUAACAGAGCCAGCUGGGCUUGGACCUCAGCUGCUGAAAAGGUUUUCCGUUUCCACGAGGGCAGGAGAGUGUCCGCCCCGUGGGUCCCUCCGUCCAGGGCGGGGGGAGGCAAGGAACUGUGUGUGGCUGGGGAGGUGGGCGGGUGGAGAGGAAGCGGCCCUGGGCCGUUCCUCAGGGUGGCGGGAGGGUGACAGACGUAUCUUUGGAGUUAAGACAGUGAGGUGGCAGUGCUAAGAGUCUGAGGGUAACUAAGGUUACCAUGGUGAUUGGUGUCUCGUGGUAUUAUUUUUGUUUCCCCCCUGUAUACAUAGGUCAUUUGUCUUUGGGGAUGAGGGUGCUCUGAAUUUGCCCAGGGAGUCUGAAAGCAGCAGGAGCCAGAGAGACACUGGCCUGAGAGUGCUGGCUUUCAGUGUCUGCCCUCCCCUUGGGAGCAAGGACUUGGGGCAGGUGGCUGGGGCAGGAGAGCACGGGUGUGACCGGCCUGUCCCCCUGGGCUGGUUCCUGGGUCUGGCCUGGCUGCCCGUUUCCCCACCAUGUGCUUUUUCCAGUUAGUUGCCAGUGGGCCCUGCUUGUCCCUUUGCCACGAGCCCACAGCUUGCCAAGAAAGACUCCAACGCUUGCUGGGGUAGCACCGGGCCUAGCUGGGACGAAUUGGUCCGUCCUUUGUAAAGCUGUAAAUACUUGAUUUUGAUUUUCUAUGUCUAAGCCCAGUGUCAUAUUGACAUUGGUAUUUUAGAAUUGUUCUCAGAUGGGCUCUCCUGUGCUGUCCUCUCUCACUCUCCUGCUUUUGGGGGUUUUAUACAGAGGAUUGGGGAGGGGCAGGGAGAGCAGCGUCCUUUUGGCUCCCUGGUUCGUUGUGAAAUUCACACAUACACUCACUCCUCUGGGACUCUGAACAGGGAAAAAUACUAUUGGCAAGCAAACAUAUCUGGUUUUCCUGUGGCAAUGUGUCUUGAGGUCCCUGAAGCACCAGACAUGGGCUUAGCUCAGUGGUAGAGCUCAGGUGACCUAGGGAGACUCAAACCACCCUGGCUUGGGAUGGGAGGAGAGGGGCAGGGUCGGGGAUAAUAUAAGGUGUAACUUAAGCUAAAUAUAAUCUAUUUAUAAAGCAAGAGACUCUCAUCUAUUUUUAUGAAAGGCAAGGUUUUUUAAAUCUAGGGUAGGCAGUUGUGGGAGCCCAGCAUUUUCCCGUGGACAAGAUAGGGUGCAUGUUGCCGCAGGACUGAAUCUAAUCGGUACCCUUCCCCCGGCUUGUCUUCCGUCCUCACUUCUGGUCAUCCACACCCGGGAGCAGCUUCGGCAGAGCACAGGUCCCACUUCACCCCACUUCCCUCUCCCCUGAUGCCUCAGCUCCUUGGAAGUCUUGGAGGGGCACUUGUGGGGGCCAGUGGGCUGUGGGGAAUUCAGAAUUGAGGUGGCCGUGGGGAGGGAACGGGGGCAUUAGGCAGGGACAAGCUCUGCUGCAGAGGAUGGGCUCUGAUUUGUCACUCUAACUUUGGUCUGCCAAGAUCCAUUUCCAACUCGGCUGUGCUGGGAGAGGGUUGAUAGGCAGCAGAGCGUGGGUGGCAGUGGGGCUGUCGGGUCCUCCCCCUGAGACACCGGACUCUCACUCUAGAGGGAUACUCUGCUAGAGUGGGGAGUCUGGAGGUGGCCGGGCGGGUGCAUGUAAAGCCAGAUUCAACCUGGAAGAGAAUCCCCCACGAGUGGAGGAUUCCCGGGCCCAGCGUGGGCUGCGUGUUAGUCUUGGGCAAAUCCCUCACCACGCCCCUCCCUCCCAAGCCCUCAAAGAAAUGAGGCAAAGCCCUCCUCCUCACAAGACCCCUCUGUGGACAUUUUAGCAUCUACCUGAUUUUUAGCCCCAUCCAGGGAGACUUUAUAUCCCAUGGUUCCAUCCCACCCUACUGUUGCCGUUUGUCUGCCAGCUGGGUCUAGCAUCACCGGGAAGCGGGGUUUAUACUCACUGAGACUACUGAUCCUACCGGAAACCAACCUGUUUACUGUACUGUUGUAAAUAUCAUGCCCUUUAUAUCCUGUAUAUUGGCUUCUUUUAAAUAAAGUGAAAUGUCUUAGAA